AUGGCUGCCUUUGCCUACCGCGAUGCGUCGUCGUACGCACCCGUCAUUCCCUCCCCCCUCAACCCCACGAACCAUGGACCCGAGAACAACUACGGCCCCGGACGCAUCGUGCGUCGGAGACGCAACCGGGCCACUCGGAGGAAUCACCCGGCAUCACACACUCUCACUCAACGGCUGCUCCGGGUCAAGGCCGCCGAGGCGUGGAGAGGACAUGUGCUGAGUGCCCAAGUUGCUCAGUACGAGAGUGCAGCAGCAGCUGCUUUAGCAAAGGGGUCCAAGGGAAAGAACUGUUAUCCCCCGCUCCGCAUGAGCUUCUCCCUCUCGGACGCCCACCGCAUCGCCAGUGGUCUUCGACUACCAGACCUGUCAUGCCUCAAGACGAGGCGAAUGUUGCUGGCAAUGGGUCUCAUGGGUGUGCUCCCGGCCCUCAAGGUCCGCGACAUGCUGCGGCAGGCGGGGCCUUUAUGA